ACGACAUCCAUCAUUGAGCAGGUGAGAUGAACAGAGUCUUCCAGUUUGAAUUUACGUCUAGGCUUCAUAACAACUAGGCUUUAUAACAAAUAAACGAUAUAGCUACGUUUCAGGGACCAGUGCUGACACCAUGUCCCACUCCGCAGGCUUUUCGAAUCCUCUGCUGUACUAAAACAAGUUUACACGUAGCCACGUCCUUUUGAAAUUCUGUGAGGCGAUGGAAAGUCUGGCAAUUAAUUGUUAGAACGGCUUGCUAUACGCGCAAGUGACUGUAGGGUUCUAAUACUGCAGAAAUGAAAACCCAGUCUAUUCUUGUUCGUAUCCUCCACAAGAAAGUGAUCCAUCCAGUGAAAAGACAGACAGUUGGAACCGCUGUAAUAUGAGAAGGGACGAACCAUUGGUUCUUAAAGCAAAAUCUUUUGUGGAAUUUUCCGCUUCUCUGUCAUGACAUGUCCUCGUAAAACUGACAACUCGCUUAAACUCUCAAGUGAGCCUGUGUUAAAUAACAGUCAACCAUAACUUGUCAUUAGAGGGCAGCGCGACAUAUAACUGCAGACACAACUCAAGUUAGGAGCAACUCAAGUUAGGAGCACGAAAAGAAGGACGACACUAAAAGAAUGGCUUCAAAUACAGAAACGCACAUCAAAGACAAAGAUCCCCUGGAUGGCCCACCUGUGGACUUUGCUGCUACUGAAAGCUUUCUACAACAAUCCAUGACUAUUAUUUUAGAAGAUGCAGUGAAGAAAGCCACUGAUGUCAAACAAAAGGUUUGUGAGUGGCACUCUCCAGAGGAGCUGAAGGAGCUUCUGGAUCUGGAGCUUAGAGACUGUGGAGAGUCUGAGGCAAGGAUCCUGGAGCGGUGCAGAGAUGCCAUCAGAUACAGUGUCAAGACCACUCAUCCUCAUUUCUUCAACCAGCUGUAUGCAGGGCUGGAGCCAUACUCCCUGGUGGCCAGCUUCAUCACUGAUUCCCUCAAACCCAGCUUGUACACCUAUGAGGUGUCUCCAGUCUUCACUCUGAUGGAGAAUGCUGUGCUCAAGAAGCUGAUAGAGAUAGUUGGCUGGGAGGAAGGAGGAGAUGGACUCUUUAAUGCAGGUGGGUCGAUGUCCAACAUGUAUGCCAUGAACCUAGCCAGGUACCGUCAGUUUCCUGAAAUCAAGGAGCUUGGAAACUCUGCGGCUCCCCGGCUGGCGGUGUUCACAUCACAAGAGUGUCAUUACUCCAUCUCCAAAGCUGCAGCUUUAAUGGGAAUCGGCACAAAGAAUGUCUUUGUGGUUCCGUCUGAUAAGAGAGGAAAGAUGAUUCCCUCUGCUCUUGAGGAGCAAAUCAACUCCGUUAAAAGUGAGGGUGGAGUUCCCUUCAUAGUGAACGCCACAGCGGGGACCACUGUCCUUGGAGCCUUCGAUCCUAUUGACGAAAUUGCAGACAUCUGUGAGAAAUACAAACUGUGGCUGCAUGUGGAUGCAUGUUGGGGUGGAGCAGUUCUCUUGUCCAACAAGCACAAGCUGCUGAUGAAAGGCAUUCACAGAGUCGACUCUGUUGCCUGGAACCCUCACAAGAUGCUGAUGGCCUGUCUGCAAUGCUCAGCUUUCCUGGUCAAAGACAAAACUCGUCUCCUCCAGCGCUGUCACUCCGCUCGGGCCUCCUACCUCUUUCAGCAGGACAAGUUCUACGACUUGAGCUACGACACCGGGGACAAGUCUGUCCAGUGCAGCAGGAAGCCAGAUGCCUUCAAAUUCUGGCUCAUGUGGAAGGCUUUGGGACCCAGCGAGCUGGAGCAGAGGGUGGACAGAGCUCUCGCCAUGGCCAGGUAUCUUGCAGAUGAAAUUACAAAAAGGGAAGGCUUCCGCCUUUUAAUGGAGCCUGAAUACGCAAAUGUUUGCUUCUGGUACAUCCCGCCAAGUCUGAGAGACCUGCCAGAUGGCCCAGAGUUCCAGGAAAAACUACACAAUGUGGCGCCAGUUGUUAAGGAGCGCAUGAUGAAGAAGGGCAGCAUGAUGGUGGGCUACCAGCCCCACAGAGGCCAAGCCAACUUCUUCAGGAUGGUGGUGAUCAGCCCUCAGGUCAGCAGGCAGGACAUGGACUUUGUCCUGGAUGAGAUACACAGGCUGGGAAAGGACUUAUGAUAUGCUGACAUAUCUUCUGAAAGUUUAUAAAGAAUCAUUUGCGGAAUUGUGUCCCUGCAUAUCUUGUAUUAACAACUCCAUCUGAGUUGAAAUUUGUUCUUGGAAUAUAUUACUUGUGCCCUCAAUGACUCCUCCUCAUAUUUUCAAUUGAGGAAGCUGUUGAUAUCAUGAGUGUAAAAAGCAAAGGAAAAUGAAACAAGUUUGGGAUUUGGGGUUUAGAGUUGUGUUAUGCAAGUAGUUUUCAGCACACAGUGUUGUAAGAGUGCAGCAUUAUUUCCAUGUCAUCUUCAGAUUCAUAUUUUGUCAGAAGUAUAUUUUCAUGGAACUGGAACAAUAAUAAACCAACUAUCUCUGAUCAUUCUGAA